AUGGAGAAGGCGUUAGAGCGUUAUGGAGUUACUCACCGUUUGUCUACCGCAUAUCAUCCACAAACAAACGUUCAAGUAGAAAACGCGAAUAGGGGAGUGAAGAGAAUUCUUGAGAAAAUGCACCGAGCGCUUUGGGCUCUUAAAACCGUCAAUCUUGAUCUUACUCCCGCGGCUAGGAGGAGGUACUUCCAAAUCCAUGAAUUAGAGGCCCUUAGAGAUGCGGCGUAUGAGCGUUCUUCGAAUGUUAAAGAGAAAACGAAAGCGUUGCAUGAUAGGGGGUUAAAGGAUUUGAAGGAGUUUAAAGUUGGUGAUAAAGUGUUUCUCUAUAAUUCAAGGUUCAAAUUAUUUCCCAGAAAAUUGAAGUCGAAAUGGACGGGACCUUAUGUGGUGAAGGAGGUGUUCCCGUACGGCGCGAUUGAGUUGUUUGAUGAAGUUACAAAGGGAUCUUGGAAGGUGAAUGGCCAUAGAUUGAAGCAUUACUUAGCUGGCCCGAUUGACAAGACCGAGAGGGAGGAAACUCCUCUCGAAGACAUUCCAAAUACCACCAUUUAG